AUGGCGGUGGACUUGUCUGUCACUGCCUGUGCAUCGUUGGCCCUGCCUUUUCCGCUCUGGCUGGGGGUGCCCCUGAUCCGAGUUACGUUGGUAAUUACCACAUGGAAACAAGGGUCAGCGGUGGGUGACCGAGCCAGCCGCACCAGGGUCCCCAAGACGGCGGACCACGCGAGGAAAGGCACUGCGCAGAUCCUCGCACUGUGCCCUGGAUGGCGUACACCACCACCGCUCACCGAAAACUUUGCUUCUUCCUCUUGUAACGAGAGAUCGGUGUUUUACAGGGUGUGUCACCCCCUGUUGAUAAUUCCCAUCACUGAGGUCCCAGUUGGCCAAGUCCAAGCCGACCCGGUCAAAGGAUCCACAGAGCCUGAGUGCAACAUCCGUUUCCAUUGCGCGCGCCAGCCAGUCAAUCUCCCUGCCCCUCGCCACUCCAUCCGCCCGCCCCAGCUCCUGCGAGCCGCCACUCCUGGACUUUUUUGCCCUUCGAGAGUAGGGGGCUUUCUCGAUGCGGGGAUCAGACGCACGGCCCGGGCGCAAGGUGACAGUCCUUUCCUGAGAGAGAACGACGUGCUUUUACCCCAAGGCGAGAACAACAACAAACCCGGUUCCGCGAGAACAGGCUUGUACUUGGGCUACUUACACAGGGUCUGA